GCCUGCGCCGGAAGUGACGUUUUGGAGGGCGCCGCGAGGUAUGUGAGAAGGGUCAGUCGGUAUUAGUGGUUCCCUGUGCUGUCGGGCUACGAGGUGAGUCCUCGCUAAGGGAGCGGGAAGGACUCCCUGCCAGCUGCAUUCGCUCCACCGGAGCCGAGUCCUUGGACCAGAGUCAGGGAAGGGAAUGGAGCGGAACGGAACGAUGUGGGUGGCACCGGGGCGGCUCACUGGUCUCUUUCUCAGGAGUCGUCGGGCGCUGAGCCUCGUGCCUUGGGCCUCGCGGGGCUUGCUUCCUCCAGUCGGAGCCAGGGCCAAGAACGGGGUCGCGGAAGAGGAGGAUGAGCUAGCUCGACCCAUCCACUUCUCCUCCAGCAAGGCGAACCCGCGCCGUUGGACCGUGGAGCACUCCCUGGGAAGCGAUCGUCAUCGUCCCUGGUGGAAGGUCGUACCCUUGAGCGUCUCCCUUGUAGCGCUGAUCUCUUGGUGCUUCUUAAGGAAGGAGACCGAUGUCGAUCGAUGGUUGACUGAAGGCUUGGAAGGGGAGUCACCAGAAGCAGACAUGGAUUCCGAGCAGCCUGGAAGCCAGUCUGGCCUGGGAACUCAAACUUGAUUAAGGGCGUUCCAGACACUUAGAGAAAGGUCUACCUCUGCCACCGAAUUCCUGUGUGACUUUCGUCAAACCACCUUCUCAUUUGGGCCUUGAUUUUUCUCCUUUGUAAAAUGAAGAGGUUGGAGUAAAUGGAUCAUCAAAUUCCUAUCAGCUCAGACUUUCAGCCACUCUAGGAUUUAUAACAUUUAUGUUUUUCUUUUCGGGUUAUCCGAUGUAUUGCCCAGGAUUAAGAAAUCCUGGAAUUUCAUCCUAGUGGGACAUGCAGGAUGUGGCCAGAAACAUAGCUGUCUUCUUAGAGGGCAGAGUCAGUGACAGCAGUAGACCAUCAGCAAGAGAAAGAAACUGCCCUUUGGCUCACCCAAGUUUCCUAAUGAAACUUUGGAAAGGGCUUCUCAGGUCCUUUAGAAAUGUUGGUAUUAAUUAUUCUAGUAAAUAACAAUCGGUGCUCUUGAUUGCCUUGGGGUACAAAGGACAGUGCAGAAUUGCCAGCUGGAUAUUCAUUUGCAUGAAAAUGCCAUCCAUUUUGUUUUUAUAAAACAAUGUGAAAAUAAGUGUUACUUCUGUAGCAUUGAAAUAAAGUAAAUAAUUUGCCUUUGGGUGGUAUCGUUAUGUGCACCCCCUUAAAAGAAGUUCAUGUCAACCAUACUGACGAGUUUCCCAUAUCCUGUUAGGGAAGAGAUUGAAAUUGGUUUUAAUUGUAAAAUUCAUUAAAUGUACAAUAGGAUUUCCACUAACCUUUAAGGUUCCUAGUGAUCCUGUAUUAAUUUUGGCAUAGCAGUGGUGGAUCAUUGGCAAGUAUAUAUUAAGCUCCUAUUAUGUGCCAGGCACUGUGUCCUAUAAGAUUCAAAGAGUCAUAGAAUUUGAGAGUUGGGAAGGGAUCUCUGGCCUUUUACUCUAAAGCAUACCUAGAGAGCAAGUUUAUAGGCCUGUGGUUAGGUGAUUAUUAUAAAUAUCUGACAGUGCUUUAAAGUUUGCAAACUGUAAUAGGUUCUUGACCCUAUUUGAUCUGCAAAGCAACUCAGAGGUAGGAACUAUGGGUAUUAUCUCCAUUUUAGAGUUGAAGUGUUACUGACAGGAGCUUAGCAGAUGAAUGGGGGAAAGGGAACAAGUAACACAUUUAUAUAGUGCCUACUAGUGCCAGGCACUGUGUUAAGUGCUUUUUUUUUUAUUAUUUCAACAAAUAUUACCUCAUUUGAGCUUCACCACAACCUGGUGAGAUAGGUGCUCUUAUCCCCAUUUUUUUUUUACAGUUGAAGAAACUUAAGAAAACAGUGGUUAAGUGACUUGCCCAAGGUC